CCAGUGUGGAUUUCUGUCUCUCAUCUCUCAUCUUGCACAUUAGCCUUCAUUCCAAACCACUCAUGUACCCGGAAGCUACCUUUCACGGCUAUGUUGCUUCAACGCAAGACGUUUUACUUAUCUUUGAAGCCUGUCGGCGUGGUAUGCUGCCAAAAAUACACCGUCGGUUACAAGAAAAAGAGCGUGCAUUAAUACAAAGUGGAGCUAUCUUUGUAUUUGAUGAGCAUGAUUCAGGUAUCAAACGUUGGACAGAUGGUUAUAACUGGAGCCCAUCACGGAUUUUGGGUAACUUCUUAAUAUACCGAGAAGUCUACAAAAAACCAAGCAGUCGCAAGGUGUCAAGUGCGAGUAUAACGGAUGUCCGAGAUGAUAUCACUGACUAUACACCUGUCAAGAAGAUAUCAAAACGAAAAGGCGAAAGGCGGCUAGUGGGUAGUUUGUCAGAGUCAUAUGGAUACAAGGAUGAUGGACUGAUCAAGAAGUCCAUGAGCAUAAAAAUCAAUGGCAUAUCACAACAUCUCAUUUCAUAUUACUAUCCAGAGGAAGUUAAAAAUGGCCAACUGCGUUCCCCAUCCAGUGUACCUGAAUUGGCUGAGCUUGAGAUAUCUUCGGAUUUGUUACGAGAAGAGAACUUCCGAGUACCUCCCAUGGUCGAGCCUUCCAUCGAUCAACAUAACUUGGCCAUGAUGCCUUCCACACCUCCCUACAUGAGCAAACCCUACAUGAUGGAAGAAAUCCACUCACAGGGAUAUCCACUUGAUCAUCAUCAACCCCAGCAGCGGCACCAUCAGCUUCCAUCUCAGCAGUAUCAUCAGCACCACCCUGAUUCCGACCAACGAAGUCUCCCUCCUUUUAGAAGUAUGUCCCUCGGUUACAUCUACCCCGAACCUAAUGCCAUCAACUCGCCAUAUCCCCCAGAGCCAUCCCCAUCCUUUUCAUCUAAUACUAGCCGUUUUCAAGACGAAAAUAAGCGACAUAUUAAGUCUGAGUACGACCAUUUCACUCUCCCCAAUAUUUUCCCUCCAGCCCCAGUACAUCCUUACCUUCCAUCUCCGCAUACGAUACCUGGUACAGUAGAUCAACUUUAGAGAUAUGACGAAUAUGACAACAAUUACUUUGAGGAGUUUCUUUACCUAUUAUCUAGCUUUGAGCCGUUAGUUUGGUGGAAAAAUAAAAAUUGGUACAAUAACCUAGUUGCCGAGCCAAUGAUUUAGUGUGGUAUGUUGGCUGGGCGUUUUGACCGUUGUUUGUAA